UUGCGCUCUCGGAAGGCGCCCAAAACAACCUGAACAGCUUCUGAACCGCCGAGCCAUUGGCCUCUCGUUUCGUGGCCGGUCACAGCGUCCGUCGAUGGCGUGCCAUGUUUGGAGCUUCAUGGCCUGGGUGGUAACCUCAGAGGCGGCGAUCCUGCUCACGGGCUACAACCGCUGGGGGAACUUCAGCCAGAACCCGUCCGGAGAGGUGGCGGAGGCCUUGAAUGGCAGUGUUGUGGAAGAUCUGUUGAUCCACAGCAUUCGCAUCGACGUGAGUGAAGCCGGAGUUCUGGAAGCCUCGCAGAUGGUGCGAGAUGGCCUUUGGGAUGCGAUUGUCCAUCUAGGCUUUGAGGAUGAAGCCAAAGGCUUGAAGCUGGAGACCAUGGCCUUCAAUGCGCGCGCUGAAAACAAAGGCCCAGUGGUGCCGACUGGCCCCAAGUUGCUUCCGACCACCGGGGAUCUCGGGGCCGUGGCACUAAAUACGAAGAACCCCCAUGAGCUUUGGAGCCGAGAUGCAGGCACCUUUUUCUGCAAUGAGAUCUAUUACCGAACCCUCUACCAGCUCCGUGAGCGCGAGAAGCCUACAGCCCGCUGCCGUGGAGCGCUCGUGCCGUGCCUCUUCAUCCAUGUGCCGCCCCUGCACCAGCUGCCGCUGAAGGAGUCCAGUUCCUUCGUCUUCAGCUUGCUGGGAGACCUGAUCCGAGCUUCUGGGUGCCCGCGCACACGGAAGUGGUUCCAUGCCUACGGAUGACCCCGGAGAAGCGUUGGCCUCUAGGCCACCCCAGAAGCCUGGCAGAUCCUCUGACCCUCUGCAGGGCCCUGGGAGGAUCCGAACCA